AUGCGUCUUCAAAACCUCGCUGCAGCUGCAGCCUCCUUUGGGGCUGCGUCUGCUGGCGUCAUCCAAGCCAGAUCCUCCCAGGAAACCUGCGCUAACAGCGUGUUCACCGGAGAGGUCCUGCAUCUUUCCGUUAACAUCGUUGAAUACCCUGUUGUCGUGGAUGUCGAGUUGAAGGAGGAUGCCGUCGUCACUAUUGACAAUACCAUUCUUAUUGACUGCACUAAUGCCCCUACUCACCUGCACACUACCGUUUUCGCUACUGCUACUUCGACUAUCACCAAGACUGUUUCCACUGCCACCAUCACUGCCGCUGCUGGAAGCGAGCAGACUGGCUCUGUUGCCACUGCCACCGAGGCUGAGCGCACCGUUGUCACUCAGGUUGGUACCAAGACUGCCGGUCAUGCCAGCAACGGCAAUGGCAACAGCAACGCCAACGGUAACGGCAACUCCAAUGAUAACGGCAACGCUGGCAAUAAGACCAAUGCCCACAACUCCAACCCAACUACCGCUACCGCUGUUAACGUUGCCCCUGUCGCUGGCGGCUCUGCUGUUGGUUCUGGUAUCAACACCAACUUGUACACUGCUACCACCUCAAACACCGCUGUUCGCACUAUUGUGGCCUCCGCCUCUUUCCAUGGUAGCAAGACCCUUAAGACUUACACCACCACUGUCGCUUCUGUCACUUCUACUCCUUCCGCUGGCGAGUUCACCGACUGGACUACCUACAAGGCCAACGGUGUCAACCUCGGCGGCUGGCUUGAGCAGGAGGAGGUCUUUGAUCAGUACUGGUGGGACCAAUAUGCUCCCGAUGCUGUUGAUGAGUGGAGCUUCUGUGAGACUCUUGGCUCUCAGUGUGGCCCUGUUCUCGAGGAGCGCUACGCCACAUACAUUACCACCGAUGAUAUCGACAAGAUUGCUGCUGUUGGUGUCAACACUCUGCGUAUUCCCACCACCUACGCCGCCUGGAUCAAGGUCCCCGGCUCUAGUUUGUACCACGGUAACCAAAAGGACUACCUCAAGACUAUCUCCCUGUACGCCAUCGAGAAGUACAACAUGCGCGUGAUUGUCGGCCUCCACUCCCUUCCCGGCGGUGUCAACAGCCUCGAUAUUGGCGAGAAGUCCGGCAACGACGGCUGGUUCUACAAUACCACGAACCUGGCCUACUCCUUCAAGGCCGUCGAGCAAGUCCUCGAAUGGUUCGUCGAAACCGGCUACCCCUGGGCCUUCACCAUCGCUCCUAUCAACGAGGCCUCCGACAACCCCGCUGCCUUUGCCUCCCCGGAGACCCUGACCACCAACGGAACCAACUGGAUCGUCAAGUACACACAGGGAGUCCUUGCCCGCGUUGCCCGUAUCGACAAGCGCAUUCCAGUGAUGCUCCAGGACUGCUUCCUCGGCGAGGAGCACUGGUCCCCCUACUUCCCUACCGGCACCAACAUUGUCAUCGACACCCACGUCUACUACUUUGCCGCAUCAGGCGUCUACUCCCAGUGGGCCAACGGUGCCAUCUGUGGUCAAGCCUCCGUCGUCGGUGGUGAUGGCAAGUUCCCUGUCUUCAUUGGUGAAUGGGCUCUGCAGACUCUGUACAGCAACACCUACGCCAACCGCGAGAACCUCUUCAACACUCAGCGCUAUGCUUGGAACUUGUAUGCCCAGGGUGGCUCGUUCUGGAACAUUAAGCAUAACAGCAGCGCUGCUGUUGAUGGUCAGGGUACUCAGCGUGACUACUGGUCCUAUGAGCGUCUGAUUGAUGCCGGUGUCAUCCACACUGUGAAUGCCACUGCUACUUACUGCUAG